AUGGCAAAGAAACCAAAAAGGGUUGCAGUUAGAAAAUCUUCCAAACAAUGUUUAAGUACAUCCAUCUUACCGGACUCAUUUCGGGGAGUCUUCAAAUUUACCGAGUUCAACAAAAUGCAAUCGGAAGCAUUUCCUAGCAUUUAUGAAGAUAGUGAGAAUUGUGUUAUAUCUUCACCAACAGGAUCGGGGAAGACUGUGUUGUUUGAAUUGGCCAUAUUGCGUCUGAUUAGAGAAGCGAACAGCGACUCGAACAACACUAAAGUCAUAUAUAUCGCCCCUACAAAAUCUUUAUGCUAUGAAAUGUAUAAAAAUUGGAGCCCAUCUUUUGUUAACCUUUCUGUGGGUAUGCUUACUAGUGACACUUCUUUUUUAGAGACUGAAAAAGCUAAGAAAUGUAAUAUAAUCAUUACCACGCCAGAAAAGUGGGAUUUGUUAACAAGAAGAUGGACGGAUUAUAGCCGGCUGUUUGAGUUGGUUAAGCUCGUCCUAGUUGAUGAAAUUCACACUUUAAAGGAAAAAAGAGGUGCAACUUUGGAAGUUAUCCUAACAAGGAUGAACACAAUGUGCCAAAAUAUUCGAUUUGUUGCUUUAAGUGCAACCGUUCCAAAUAUAGAGGACGUAGCAUUAUGGCUCAAAACAAAUAACGAGUUUCCUGCAAAAAUACUCUCCUUUGACGAAUCAUACCGACAGGUUCAGUUAACGAAACAUGUUUACGGGUAUUCCUUCAAUUGCAAAAACGAUUUUCAAAAAGAUGCCAUAUACAAUUCCAAACUUAUCGAAUUAAUUGAAAAGCAUGCUGAUAAUCGUCCAGUACUUAUAUUCUGUCCGACUAGGGCUUCUACGGUAUCCACAGCAAGAUUCUUAUUGCAAAAUUAUGUUACAUCUAGAAGAAAGAAUAUCCAAGGAAGAAAUAGUAGUAGUAGUCGUGCUUCGGACAAAAUGUUGUACGAAUGCAUGCAGCAAGGGAUUGCUUUUCAUCAUGCGGGCAUUUCAUUAGAGGAUCGUAGUAUUGUUGAAAACGAAUUCCUAGCAGGCUCGAUUAAUGUACUAUGUUCUACUUCGACUUUAGCAGUUGGUGUAAACCUUCCGGCCUAUUUGGUUAUUAUCAAAGGAACAAAAAGUUGGAACUCUUCUGAAAUUCAAGAAUAUUCAGAUCUGGACGUAUUGCAAAUGAUUGGGCGAGCUGGAAGGCCCCAGUUUGAAACUCAUGGUUGUGCAGUAAUUAUGACUGACACCAAAAUGAAGCAAACAUACGAAAAUUUAAUCCAUGGUACUGAAGUAUUAGAAAGUUCAUUGCAUCUGAAUCUGAUCGAACAUUUAGCAGCUGAAACCUCUUUGGAAACGGUUCAUUCAACAGAAACCGCAGUGAACUGGUUACGAAAUACUUUCUUUUACGUUAGGUUCAGAAAAAACCCGUCUGCUUAUCAUGAAGUAAAUAAAUACGUUAGUUUCCAUUCAGUUGAAGACUCUCAAAUAAAUCAAUUUUGCCAAUACUUGCUUGACGCAUUAGUGAAAGCUGAAAUAAUCGAGUUAAGAGACAGGUUGUACAGCCCGACAGCGUACGGAAAUGCAAUGACGCGCCAUUAUGUAUCAUUCGAGUCCAUGAAGCAAUUCAUUAGUGGAAAAAAAUUUCUAUCGUUACAUGAAGUGUUAAAUUUAUUGUCUAAUUCAGAAGAGUUUUCUGUUAUACGAGUAAGGCAUAAUGAGAGAAGAUUAUUUAAAGAGAUUAAUUUAUCUCCACUCUUGAAAUAUCCAUUUUUGACUGAGAAAAAACAAAGCCAAAUAAUCGAUAAAAUUAGCCAGAAAGUUUCUCUUUUGAUUCAGUAUGAGUUGGGCGGAUUAGAAUUUCCAUCAUAUGAAGGGGCCUCAAAAUUACAUCAAACUCUUGUCCAAGAUAAAUUUCUAGUUUUUAGACAUUGUUUUAGAUUACUAAAAUGCAUGGUUGAUACAUUUAUCGAAAAGGGUGACGGAACUUCAUUGAGAAGUACUCUGCUGCUGCUGCGAAGCCUAAACGGCCAUUGUUGGGAAAAUACACCAAUGGUUCUCAGACAGUUAAAAACAAUUGGGCUAGUUUCGGUACGAAAACUAAUAGGACAUGGAAUUACCAAUUUAGAAGAUAUGGGAAAGCUGUCCGAUACACAAAUUGAAUACUACCUCAACCUGAAGAUCGGGAAUGGGAUAAAAAUUAAAAAUGAUGUUUCUUUAUUGCCUUGCUUGAAUAUAAGAACAAAACUGGAACAUUCCAAGAGGGAGAAUGAUGAACUUUUGUUGACAUUCAAAGUGGAGAUUAGUGCAACAUUCAAGUCUAGUGUGUGGCAUGGCCAACAUCUAUCACUGGAUAUAGAAACGGAAAAAAGCUCUGGUGAACUAAUAGAUUUUAGAAGAUUGCAGAUGAACAAACUUCAAUCACCAAGAGGAUUCAAAAUUACCACCAAUGUCUCAUCGAAACUUGAGAAAAUAGAAUUUUCAAUACACUGUCAAGAAAUUGCUGGACUAGGCAAAACAAUAAUCUACUCUACCGACCAUCUGGCUUCUCAGUCUUUGACGAAGACGUCACCUUUAAAGAAAAAUCUUACCAGUUUAGAGAAAUGUCUCUUCCAUGUGAGUAGUAGCGACGAGGAAGUUGAUACAACACCUAAGGAUUAUAAUAAAGUUGGUUUGGAAGAGUCGUUGUCUUCAGACGAUAGCAUUUUAGACUAUUUGGAGGAGGUAAAACCGUCAAAGCUUCAUAAAGAUACAGCACCCCUCCAUUCAAACGCACACCCUCUUUCACAGGUUAAUAAUGGCCGACAGGUACGAUCCAAUGGAAAUUAUGAGUGUUAUCAUAGUUGUAAAGACAAGACACAAUGCAGACACUUAUGCUGUAAGGAAGGUAUACCAGGAAAGUAUAUAAAAGAAAAAGGAACAUCUUCCACCAAGUCAGCAUCAAAAGUUGAUGAGUUUCGCAAGCCUCUAGUUUCCAAAAGUGUCAAUAUAGUUCCCCACACGGAAAAGCUUCACCAUUUUACGUCGGCGCAAAAAGACUCAAGCAAUAGAUUCACACAGUGGCACGAGGAUGAUUUUUCAGCAGCGUCAUACAACCAGCCUUCUUUAGAAGCUCAGGGUUUAUCUCAGUUGUCAGAUGAGAAAACAAAUGAACAAACCUUACAACCUGUUUUGAAAGAUCGCUCAGAAAUAAUCUCCGUCGACCUUAUGUCUUCGGAUGACUAUUCUAGCGGUACAAGUACAGAUCCAGCAAGUGAUCAUCAUGGUGACUUAGACUUUUUAGGUUCGGAUAUAGAGUUUGCAUGA